AUGUCACCGCCACCAAAUCUUUUACAGAAUUGGGGUUUCGACUUUCCAAUCGAAAGGGACAUAGCCAUGGCUGCGCCUGUCCAAGAAAAGUCAUGGAAAAAUAUAAGGCUAAAGAAAUCAGUGACCAGCAUCAAGCAAACUCUAAUGGCGGAUCACAAUUCUCAAUUGUUUCCUUUUGGUAAUCACUUUUGUUUUCAUUCAAACCAACCCAAAUCUUCCACAAGAUUCAUCCCACCCGAAACAUUGGAACCAAAAGGUAUCGGUCUUGCCAUAGUCGAUACUCUCGGUGAUAAGCAGAUCGAAAACAAUGGCUCUUUCGAGACAAGUAACAAUAAGGUCUUGUUUGGGACGGCCAAGCUCAAAGUUACAAUGGAGCUGUCUGAGGAUUAUACAUGCGUGAAAUCACACGGCCCUAAUCCGAAAACAACUCAUAUAUAUGAUAACCGCGUUGUAAAGAGCUGUUGCAAUACAUUGGAUGAGGCCGAGUGUGCACCAAAGAGUAAUUAUUUUCUCAGCUUUUGCCAUACAUGCAAGAAGAAUCUUGAACAGAAGAUUGACAUUUACAUACACAGUGGAGAGAAAGCUUUUUGCAGUCAGGAGUGCCGAUAUCAGGAAAUGAUCCUCCAUGGAGAGGAGAAAUAAGAACUUCAUUUUCUCAAUGGUUUGGAUAAAUUAUUUAUUAACCACCUUUUUUUAGGGUUCUGAUCUGAAUCAUAUUAUCAUUGUAGAUCAAUGCUUAGAGGAUAAAGCAAUUAAAAUAAUAGCAGUAGGUGGGAAAGUUUGAUACUU